ACCAUGGAGAGUCUCUGUGCAGCAAAUACCACUUUUGCACUUGACCUCUUAAGAAAGCUGUGUGAGAACAAAAGCAGGAAAAAUGUAUUCUUUUCUCCUUUUAGUAUUUCUUCCGCUCUGUCUAUGAUUUUGUUGGGUUCAAAAGGUACCACCGAAGCCCAGAUAGCAAAGGUACUUUCUCUGAACAAAGCUGAGGAUGUUCACAAUGACUAUGCAUCUCUUCUCUCUGAAAUUAAUGAUCCAAACAGCAAGUACAUACUGAGAACUGCUAACCGACUUUAUGGAGAAAAGACAUUUGAGUUUCUCUCAUCAUUUAUAGAGUCAAGUCAGAAAGCCUACCAUGCUGGACUAGAACAGACUGACUUCAUCCAUGCUUCAGAGGAUUCUAGAAAACAAAUAAAUGGCUGGGUAGAGGAAAGAACUGAAGGUAAAAUCCAGAAUCUGUUGGUGGAGGGGAUUAUUAAUUCACUGACCAGACUUGUGUUGGUGAAUGCCAUCUAUUUCAAAGGCAACUGGGAAAAUCAGUUUGACAAAGAGAGAACAAAAGAAAUGGCAUUUCAUAUUAACAAGAAAGAGACGAAACCUGUGCAGAUGAUGUUCAAGAAGGAUAAAUUUAACAUGACCUAUAUUGGAGACUUCAAGACCAAAAUCCUUGAGAUCCCUUAUGUUGGAAAUGAACUCAGCAUGAUCAUCUUGCUCCCUGAUGCAAUUGAGGAUGAAUCCACUGGCUUGGAAAGUCUGGAAAGAGAACUUACAUAUGAGAAGCUGAUAGACUGGAUCAACCCUGAAAUGAUGGACUGUACAGAGGUGAAGGUGUCUUUACCCAGAUUUAAACUGGAAGAAGAUUAUGAUCUGAAACCCCUUCUGAGCAGCAUGGGAAUGCCUGAUGCAUUUGACUUAGCGAAGGCAGACUUCUCCGGAAUGUCAGCUGGCAGUGAGCUGGUGCUCUCUCAGGUAGUUCACAAGUCCUUUGUGGAAGUCAAUGAAGAAGGCACGGAAGCAGCAGCAGCCACGGGCGCAGUGAUGAUGUUGCGCUGUGCAAUGAUCACUCCAGAAUUCACUGCUGAUCAUCCCUUCCUCUUCUUCAUCCGGCACAACAAAACAUCCAGCAUUUUGUUCUGUGGCAGAUUUUGCUCUCCCUGAAAAGGGGGUGUUUGGCAGAA